UGGAACCUUGCGGAAAGAAGUUCUGUUCAGAGGGAAGAAUAAUGUCCCAAGACUCACGUAGGAGCCUGGGGAAAGGAAGUUCUCCCCCGGGUCCAGUACCAGAUGGAGUCAUCCGUGUCUACAGCAUGAGAUUCUGCCCCUUUGCCCAGAGAACUCUGCUUGUCCUGAAGGCCAAAGGAAUCAAGCAUGAAAUUGUCAAUAUUAACCUGAAAAACAAACCUGAGUGGUUCUUUAAGAAGAAUCCCUUUGGUCUGGUACCAGUUCUGGAGACCAGUAAAGGUCAACUAGUCAAUGAAUCUUUAUCACCUUGUGAGUAUCUGGAUGAAGCCUACCCAGGGAAGUUGUUCCCAGAGGAUCCCUAUGAGAAAGCUUUUCAGAAGAAUUUUGAGUUGUUCUCUAAGGUACCAACUUUGUGUAAGAAUUCUUUGAUAGCGGCAAGGAAUGGAGAAGACUAUUCCACUCAGAAAGCAGAAUUGCGUAUGGUGUUCAGCAGCCUGGAGGAGGUUCUUACUCGUCAGAAGACAACCUUCUUUGGUGGGAACAGUAUAUCCAUGAUUGAUUACCUCAUUUGGCCCUGGUUUGAACGUCUGGGAUUAUUUGGGAUAUCAGACUGUGUGGACCACACUUCGAAACUUAAGCUCUGGAUAGCAGCCAUGAAGAAGGAUGCUACAGUAACAGCCCUGCUUAUGGAAGAGAAAGCUGCUAAAAAUUUCAUUGAUCUCUAUUUUCAGAACAGUCCUGAGGCCUGUGAUUAUGGUCUGUGAGGGGAGAGUGAUCAGCAGAAAAGGUGCUACAUCUUGUUCUCUGGGUUUUUCUCCAUACUUAAUAAAAAUUAUAUGCUAUA